AUGGGGUUUGAGGCGGUUGGGAAGAGGGUGGUACUGGGUGGUGCGGAUACAGGACGGCUAUUGAGGAGAGUGGUUGGUGGGGAUGAAGAGGAGAGAGCAUACAGAGAAGAACGAGGGGGAGGGGGGGGGUGGGGGUGGGGGGGUGGGGGGGGAGGGGGGGGGGUGGGGGGAAGUAAAUGGUGUGGUGUUUUGAAAAGGUGUGGUGGGGUUGUGGUGGUUGUGGUUGAAUGUAUGUGGAGGGGCGGGGGGGUGGUUGGGGGGUUGGGGGGGAGGGGGUUGGGGGGGGGGGGGGGGAAGGGGGGGGGGGGACAAUAG